ACAUCUCCCGGGCACUGAAUGAAACUAGGAGGAAAUUCCAUUAUUUUAUAGAAAGAAAUAUGGCUUCUAAUGGACAAACAGCGGGCGUAGAUGCAUACAAUGCUGGUUAUGACCAAUACGCUGGACGGAAUCCUCCAAACCAAGGAAUGUCAAACCCUGAAAACGCUGGUUAUAACCAAAAUGGUGGACAGCAUCCUCCAAAUCAAGGCCCACCAAAUCCUUAUUCUGCUGGAUACAAUCAACCUCCACCCCCAGCAUACACAGCUAACCCUCAUGGCUACCCCGGAGGUCAAGGCUACCCCGGAGGUCAAGGUUAUCCGACAGUUCAUCCUGGCUAUGGUCACCCACCUCCUGUUGUACAGCAGCCUCAUCACCAGACAACAAACGUCGUGGUGACAAACAAUUCGUGUCCCUCGGUCCUUUUCGUCAGAAGACGAUUCCACAGUGAUUAUCUUGUUCCUGCUAUUUUGGCAUGUUUUUUCUGUUCCCCUCUGACUGGGAUUCCCGCCAUUAUUGCGGCACUUAUUGCGAGAGACAGAUUUGACAAUGAAGACAUAGAGGGUGGGCGCAGCACCGCCAGAUGGGCCUUGGGACUAACAUUGCUUUCCGUAUUCCUCGGGAUCGGUUGCUACAUUCUCUUGAUAGCACUCACAGUGUCUAAUUCGAGAAAUGAGAAUUAUGGCUACUGAAAGAUUCUCUGAAAACAAAUUCAGUCUGCUUUGGAUUUCUGUAUAAUUGUCAUGAGGGUCGCUUAUAUACACUGUACGAACUGAUCAAUGUUAAACAUUCCUGUUAAGAGUUUAAAAACAAACAGUAGUUAGUUAGUAAACGUGUAGUUGGUAGAAAACUGAAGUUUUCUCUGGUUAUUGUAAGUUUAUUAAUUAAUGUUACUCUUAUAUACAUGUACUUUAACUUUGCAAAUAUACGGUAAAAACUGCGAUUUUUUUCUCAUAAAUAGACAAAACAAAAGAGUAUAAUUUUAGUAGAGAAAUUUUUAUAUUCCAUGUUGUAUUGAAAAAAGCAAGCUACCCUAACACAAAAAAGUUCUAUAGUAAACUAUAGUUUACAGUAGUAUCAGAGUUUUCACUAUAGUAAAUCAAAGUUUUUACUAGAGUUGAUUGAAGUAUUUUUGCUCUGAAUUUCUGAUCAUUAUAUUUUAUUCUUUUAAAUUCCUACAAGUAGUUUUCUUGAAUAAUGAAAAGGAAAUAUUACUUGUAUAUUUACAUAUUAUUUCAAAAAAUUACAUGAUUGGUAUUCAAUUUUAAAAAAUUAUUAAGGCUCCAAAUCUUUGAAAAAGUUCUGGGGUAAAGUGUCAUAGUAAAUCAAAAGGAUCAAAGUAUUUACUAUAGUUAAAUAUAGAAAACUGUAGUUAACUAUAAUAGUAAACUAUAGAUUACUAUUGAUAGUAAAUUUUUGUUUAAAAAAAUACAGUAUUGCACUUCAUUCAAAUUGUAGCUCAAAAAUAACCAGUGGGUUUUUUUUUCAGUUAUAAGCUUGUAACAAUGGAUAUAUUUUUUUGUUUUAUUAAAUGUUUCUUUGUUUUAUGGGCUUUUUCUUUUGAAAAUAUAUCAUACUCCAGGCACAAUAUAUGUUCCAAUAAAUAUCGUUGUAUUUAUAUCUGUAUUCUGUUACAGGAAGUGAUAAAGUGAAUGCCAAUAAUUACUUUUUUUAAAGAGAUAUGUAUCUACAUUUCACCCUGUGUAAGCUUUUGUAACUUAAUUUUAAAAAUAAAAUAUCGUUUCAUUGUCACCAAGAAAUCAUAAAUUAGUAUGAGGCACAGAUAACCUCUUCAGAUUGCAUACUUAUCCUAAGGGACGUUUCACAAUUGCUUGUCAAUAAACAAUUUUCUGCAAAUGA